AUGAUCAGCAUCAAAGAAACAGAAUAUGAUUUGUGGGAAAAAUAUAAUUUCACUGAUGGAGUUGAGAAUGAAUCGCCAAAUAUUGUGCAGAACGGAUUUUCUCACAAACAAAUGCGCUUGGAAUCAACUGAAAUGUCUCUCUACGGUAGUCGACCAGAUGCAAAUUUCAGUUUGACGUGUUGCGGAUACUGCGGAAUGAUGAUCAAACCUCAGGAUUUGGCGAAACAUUUCGAAAAUCGCCAUUUCCCUCCAUCAUUAAUGGAUGAUGAAAUAAUUCAAGAUGCUGAUCCAAUGUUCGUCACUCAACCCGAAAACGAAGCCAAUGAAAGAUCUCAAAUUAUGCCACCAACGGAACCAAAACAAAUCGUUCAACAUCAAAACAAGAAGCCUCGGAAAACGACCAAGAAAAAAUCAAUUCCGUCCUAUAAUGAGGUUGAACUCGUCCAUAACACGUAUACCAAAUCUAAAGAAGCAGCACCAAAAGCAACGAUUUCACCACCAACGAAGAAUUCAAAAUCAGCCGACUAUGCAUUCAAGAAACCAAAUUGCGUCGUUCCCAAUAAUAUCGUCCCAUCUGCACCUAUCAUUCCUCAAUAUGGAAUGCUUGUGAAGAGAACCAACCCAGCUGUAAAAGCUUCCAUACCGUUUGUUAAAAGACGAAAGCUUGACAAUUUGGGAUCGUUCAAUGGUGUCAUGGAACCCAAGAAAAUCUUGCACAAGCCAGCUGAAAGGAUUAUCCCGAAUGUUCCAAAACACGUGACCAACGACAAGCCAAAGGGUAAUCUCGUCAUGAAGAUUAAGAAGAUUGGCAAUGGAAAUUGGAAAGUCAUGAAUGGCAUCUCAACUUAG